CGCUUCUAAGUACUCGGAAGGCCCUCAGGUGAGGCGAAGAUGCUACUCCUUAUUGUUCUAUCUUGCCUCAAGUUCGCUAUUUCAUACGGCUUUCGUUUUGACGGUUACCCGGGUAUUGUGACUGUCGGGAUACCUAUAACGGUAUUCUGGCAUCGCGAUAACGAAACGGACGAUAUCCGUUUCGACGGAGUCAACAACUCCCAAGGUUCUCCACAAGGGGACAUAAUCUUAGCAGGUGAUGCCAGUCAACCUCAUGGGACUCUGAAUGUGACUUUUCCUUCACCGGGCCAAUACACCAUUAGAGCAAUAAAGAACCAAACAAAUACCGUAGUUGCUGUUACCCAGAUCUAUGCUCCACCCAAUGUGUCCUUGACUGCUAUGAAUCCAUCACCCAGGUCCAGUUCCUCCGAAACAUCAGUACAAAGUGCGAAAAUUACUGCAAGUGACCCACCGAAGUCAGAUUCGACAGAUCAAGAUCAUAAUCGAAAACACGAAAGAUCCAUCAUUAUUGGCGCAGUAACAGGAUCACUGGUAUCCUUGAUGCUUAUUCUCGGAGGCGGCACAAUUCUCUUCAUACGCCGGCGGAAGCACCGAAGCUUGAAGCACCGUAUAUCGCCAAACCCUAAGAUAAUAUUUCAGCGACAAUCAAUACUGCCGCCGCAUCCUUCGCCAGCUGGCGCAAUGAGCAAAGAAAAUGGCGCAACCAUCUCUCCCAUGUUUGCGGGCGAGAUGGCACCGUCAUCGACCAACUUGCAGGAGGGACACUUGAGAAUGGCUGAUAGAGAUCUGGAGGGAAGUCCAACUGAAGAUGAGAGACAACGGAGGGACGAUAUCAGCACAGUUUUUGCUCCUUUGCCUGUCAGACCCUCUGAACCCAGAGAACCCCAGAUACGCAGAAGCACACAACAAGUGGGUCCUCAAACUUCCACCGAAGAAGAGGGUCCACAUGCGGGCACUGCCGCAUUGGGUGAUGUCACAGGAGAAAUUCUGAGAUUGAGGACACAGGUUUGGCAACUCCUUGUACGUGAAUCAGAAAGGGCUCAAGGUAAUUCCUUUGAUUCGCCACCAGCCUACACGUAA